AUGGGGGCGAGGUUCCAGUCUGCGUGCCUGAUUAUGGUGUGUGUUAUUCUGGGUCGAGUGGACAGCGUGCCUAUUAGUCAGUUUUAUCCUUUUGGUUCGCUAACGGGGGAUCAAAUCUUAGGACCCGGUGAUGAUAUUAGCAGUAACGAGAUUCGUCUGGAGGAGAACGUGGUUUUCUUCAACACCUCGUACCGCACCAUUUACGUUAAUCUGAACGGCCAUGUAUCGUUUGACACGGAGGUGCCGGACUAUCGAGCUGAGCUGGAGAUUCCAUUAAACCUCCCAGUAAUUGCUGUACUGUUUGCUGAUGUAGAUACCAGAGGGACUGGGCAAGUCUUCUACAGAGCAACCUCAGACGCCAGCCUCAUCCAGAGAGCUGCCAAGGACAUACGAGCUGUAAGUUGGAGGAUUUUGCUGUUACACACCCUAGUAAACACUUUCCAACUAGUGAUAACAACAAACGGUAAGGACUCUUUCGCAUUCUUCCACUACCUGGAUAAUGGGAUCCAGUGGACCUCGUCCCAGGGCAAGUUUGUGCCUCUGUACAAUGACAAGCCAGCACAGGCUGGAAUCGAUGGGGGAGAGGGUCUUUUCUAUAAACUCCCGGGAUCUGCAGAUACAGUGUCUUUUGUCAAUGGUUCUAAUGUAAACAUUCCUGGAGUUUGGAUGUUCCAAAUUGGCAACACAGGAAGGGGCAACAUUAGGCCUGCAGAUUACAGCAUUGCAGAAGUGACUGUGUUUGAUGUGGAUGCUGCCGGCAAGGACAGCUGUUUCCAGACCUCCAACAUCUGCCAUGCUAAUGCUCAGUGUAUCGAUCACAGGGGUGGCGUCUGCUGUGUGUGUGUGCCGCCCCAUUUUGGAAAUGGAUUCCACUGCUUGGAACCUGGUGUCCCCCAAAAGCUGAAUGGACCUGUCCAUGGAAGUCUCAAUGGAGUAGCUCUGGAUGAUAAUUUGCUGAUGCAUACAUAUGUAGUAACAGCUGAUGGGAGAACCUACAGUGCCAUCUCCAAGGUGCCCCCAACUCUGGGAGCAGGUCUGCAGACUUUGAACUCCAUUGGUGGAGUCAUUGGCUGGCUGUUUGCUGUUCCCAUGAAUGCCAGGGCAAAGAAUGGAUACACUUUUACAGGGGGGAUUUUCAACAGAACAGCUCGGAUAACAUUCAAGUCAGCAGACAGAGGGGAUUAUGUUGUCAGACUUUACCAGGUUUUUUCAGGACAUGACAGCCAAAACAAUAUCCUUAUGGAAACAAGACUUGAGGGUAACAUGCCAGAUAUUCCCAUUGGAGCUACAGUUUCUGUCGAUGAUUAUAAUGAGAACUACAAGAGAACAGCGCCAGGAACUAUCAAGUCGUUCGUAGCUCGCACAUACAGAGUCAAUGAUGUUGCAUACCAGUACUCGUGGGACAAUACAAUAACCUUCAAUGAAUGUGACACUGGGGAGUUUACAUCUACCAAUGAUGUCAUGAGACUGUCAGUGUCACGACAUUAUGUCAAACACAGUGAGCAAGAUAAGGUUGUCAGAUAUGCCAUGACAUCAAAAGUUGGACUGUUUGCAGGAACUGAUCCUUGUUCUGAAGCUUCUCAAGUCUGUGCUGAGAAUGCAGACUGUGUCCCUCUUGGUGACUCGUACAGAUGUGUUUGCAAAACUGGGUAUUCCGGGGAUGGUAGGCUCUGUGAGGAUGUUGAUGAAUGCCAGAUGCGAACUUGUGACCCUAAUGCACAAUGUUAUAAUCUUCCUGGCUCGUUCCAGUGUCGGUGUUCACCUGGCUACUCAGGAGAUGGUCGUGUCUGUAGAGCUGAUGUGAGACUGUGUGGUCAGAAUGUCUGUGACAGACAUGCUCGAUGUACUUAUGCACCAGAUACUCAACAGCCUCGCUGUGAGUGUAAUCCUGGUUUCCAAGGAGAUGGUGUCAGAUGUGCUGCAACAGAGGUCAGCUGUAACGAGGCAGACAUUUGUGGAGACAAUGCUGAGUGCUUGUAUGAUGAGAAUCUCAGACAGUACUACUGUGAAUGUAUGGAUGAGUUCAGUGGGGAUGGCUUUUCUUGUGAGAAAACUACAAAUGGAUGCAGUGACUGUGAUAGAUUCGCACAAUGCGUCCUUGACAGCAGCAGAAACACAUAUGUGUGUCAGUGUGAUGCCGGUUAUACGGGCAAUGGACAUCAGUGCACUCUGAUUGAUACCUGCGCCGACUGUGAUGCUAAUGCCAGGUGCUCCUUCAUUGAAGAGGAAAGUGAUUAUCAGUGCAUCUGCGUUCGGGGAUACAAAGGUGAUGGGAAAACAUGUGAGCUGCGAGACUGCAGGGAAGAUCCAACCAUGUGUGACUCAAAGGGCAGCAUCUGCUGGCUGGAUGUAGACAGAAACAUCAGCAUUUGUCGGUGUAAUUAUGGUUACAGAGCGGCCCCUCAGCCAGGCUGUGAUGUAGCUUAUGACUGUGAUGUCAACGCCCGGUGUGUACCGGAUGCUGCCAGUCCCAGCCGCUUCACCUGCAAGUGUAAUCCAGGUUACCACGGCGAUGGCAAAGUGUGCCUACAAAGAUUUGUCCCAUGCAACCAGGUCAACAACUGCGACCGAAACGCUGAAUGUCUCUAUGACCCUGACAUUCUCUCCUACACCUGUCGCUGUAGCAGAGGCUACGAGGGAGAUGGACUUGUAUGUACAAGGAGGGAGAUUAUUGAUUGUCGUCGCAACCCUGGGUUGUGUUCGGCUGAUGCAGAAUGCGUCCAGGGAGCAGAGGAAGGGUACGUCUGUGUGUGCCGGCCAGGGUUUCGAGGAGAUGGAGCUUCGUGUAGUCCUGUGGUUCGUGAAGGCAACUACCUGAUUUAUGCACAGGGCACUAAAGUUAUGCGGGUUUCCACGGAUCCCAGACCUGGAGACUAUGGUCAGCAGCUGGUCUACAUACCAGGAUCCCUGGCAGUAGGGGUUGACAUUGAUUGCCAGGAAGGAGAUAUCUACUGGACAGAUGCUGCAAUAGGGGUCAUAAGACGAGCCAAGCUAAACGGUUCCGGAGUGGAGGUCAUCGUAACCGGUCUAAAGUCACCUGAAGGUGUUGCCGUCGACUUUGUGGCCAGGAAUUUGUUCUUCACCGACUCGGAGCUGGAUAUUCUACAGGUGUCAAGGCUUGAUGGGUCCAACCGGAAAACAUUGGUCAGUACUGACAUGGUCAACCCAAGGGCUGUUGUUCUGGACAUCAACAGAGGGGUUGUCUUCUGGACUGACUGGAACCGAAACCGGCCACAGAUUGAGAAAAUCAGCAUGGAUGGUAGCCAGAGGAUGGUGCUUGUGGAGCAGGACCUGAGACUGCCUAAUGGACUGGCAUUCGAUACAUUUUCACAAACACUGUGCUGGGGGGAUGCCGGAACACACAGCAUUGAGUGUAUCCGCUCGGAUGGAAUCGGCAGACGUGUUGUGUAUGACAAAGCAGCCUACCCUUUUGAUAUUGUUGUACUUAAUAAUAUUGUUUACUGGACGGACUGGGAAAGGAAGGACAUACCCAACAUUAACCAGAGUGGAGGUGAAACGAACAAGCCGCUGACCCAAGCCAUAGGAGGAAAUGGCCGUUUGUACGGAAUCACAGCAGUCAAGGACCAGUGUCCUAGAGCCAGAAACCCAUGCGGACUCAACAACGGGGGCUGCAAGUUCCUCUGCUUGGCUUCAGCAAAUGGUGGUCGAGUAUGCUCUUGUCCCGAUGGAGUGGACCCAAGAAUUUGUCAGCAAUAG